AUGACCAACCAAGAAUCGCAGUCGGUCAAGGUGGUCUUCGUGACCCGGGACGAGACCCUGCAGCCCGAGGCUCCCCUGCCUCCCGUCAUGGUCCCUACUUCCCUCAAGCGUCUGGGUCUGUCUGAAAUCGUCAACCAGCUGCUGGACACUGAGACUCCUGUUCCUCUUGAUUUCCUCAUUGUGAAGGCUACUGCCGGCGAUGGAGGAGCUUCGAUUCUCGACGAGGAGUCUGCCUCUUCUUCCUCGGUGCUUCUACGACCAGGAGCCUCCCUGGAGUCUUUCCUUGCUGACAACGGUUUGUCUUCCGAAGUCAGUCUGUCGAUCGAGUACAUUCGAUCUGUGCUGCCUCCAUCAUUUCUGGCCUCUUUCUCCAACCCCGACUGGGUCGCUGCUGUCGAUAUCAACGCCCGGUGGACUGGCGAUCUGAAACCCGUCAUCGCCUCGGGAUCUUACGACGGAGUCGUGCGUCUGUGGGACCACUCGGGUCAUGUGACCGGCCAGCUUGUGGGCCACAACUCCGCCGCCAAGGCUGUGCGAUGGAUCUCUAAUGACCAGCUCGUUUCUGGAGGUUCCGACCGACUUUUGUACCUAUGGAACCCCGACGGAAAGAAGUACCGACGAAAGGAACCUGGACAGGUGGGCAAGAAGGAGCUCAACUACGACAGUGAGGAGGACAGUGAUGAGGAGAUGCUCGAUGAGCUUCCAGCCGCCUCUACCGUGACCCCUAUGGCAGCUCUACAUGGACAUACCGCACCCAUCAACGAUCUUGCUGUUCACGCCAAGACCGGAAAGAUCAUCUCCGCCUCCGCAGACGGAUCCGUGGGUCUGUGGUCUACCGACUACAAUGACAUGCCGGCAAUUGAGCCCCAUACCGCUGCCGCUGGCGGUCUGACUUCCACUUCUGCACAGAAGCGACGAAAGCUCGCCAACUCCGGCUCUGGAGCCACCGGUCUGGGAGCUGCUCGUCAGCGAGGUCCUCUGGCAGUCAUGGGCGGCCACUCCGCCGCCGUUUCGGCCGUCGCAUUCCAUCAUUCCGACCCCACAGUCGCCUACUCUGUGUCUCUGGAUCACACCAUCAAAACCUGGGAUCUCGCCACCGCCGAGGCUGUCCAGAGCAACGCCGGAUCCCCCGAUCCUUCGGUCGAUACCCGAUCCACCUCCUUUUCGCUUCUUUCCCUUUGCACCCUGCCCCAGGGUCUCAUUGCCUGCGGCUCUUCAGCCCGUCACAUUACCCUGCACGACCCCCGAGUAACUGCACAGGUGGCAACUCAGGCCAAGCUGGUGGGCCACACCAACUUCGUGUCGUCGCUGUCGCGAGGACCCGAAUCCAACCCCUUCCUGCUGGCUUCAGGAUCUCACGAUGGAACUGUCCGAAUAUGGGAUGUUCGAACCACCAAGUCUCUGCACGUGAUCCACCGAGAGACUCUGACAGAGAACAAUGCCGUGUUUGGCGUGGACUGGAAACAAAACCUGGGUAUUGUCUCUGGUGGCCAGGACAACAAGAUCCAGAUUAAUAACAACCCCCAGAGCGCCUAA